AUGCAUGCUGUUUCUCAUACGCUAUCCCAUCGCGGUCCUAGCGCAUCGCGCGCUAGGACCCGCUGGCAACCCUACUCUGCAAUCGCUUUACCAUCCACUACUCCUACCCAUACACGCAAUUCUCCCGUCAAUUACCUUAAUACCCCCGCAUCCUCUGUCUUUGUCUCUCCUCAAACAAGUGACCUCAACUCCGCUCACGAACUCGACCGCCUGAAAGGACAAUGCCUUUCCCAGCCAUCGCUGGCCGGACAUUUCCGGGAUGUGCAAAAGUCCAGAUACGUGACUCGUCUAGUCGAUCAGGCGGUGAAGUCGUUAUGCGAUAUCUGGGAUCAGGAGGACAUUCCGCACGUGUUCAACACCCCUGUUCGUAAUCCAUGCACUGCAGAUUCUGUAUCAAUUCCGCGCGAGAGUUGUCCUGGUCCCGUCAGUACCGCCCUGUUCUCUGCGCGAAACAUACAAUUGCCUUCUCCUAUCACUCCCACUACUCGUCCAUCGCCGCUCGGUUGUCGAUCCGACUCAUUCGCUUACACCCGACAUUCGUCGGCCGACUCAUCUCGAGGUACCAACCUUGUGCCGAUCAAAGGGUUCGUGCAUGAGGUUCUUCGUCGAUCGCGGACGUCCGCGGGUGUUUUGCAAACCGCCCUCUGUUAUUUAGAAGCAGUUCGCAGCAAAAUUCCUGAGAUCCUUCGGAAGGAGAAGUCGAGGCAGGAUGAAGACGAAGACAAUAGUGGGAACGAUGCCCCGGUUGUGCUCGAUGUUGUCAACCCUACCUUCUGCGACACACCUCACGGCGACGAUGGCUACCAAAGUCACAAAGGCUCCCAUAACUUCGAUUCGUUUGAUGCGGCUCGUGUGGCUGAUGGCUCUUUCGAGGCAGUGUGCAAUACCGACCCGCAGACUCAAUUUGGAUUGAAUUACCCCACUCUUCUUCCCUGCUCAUCUUCCCAGACUUGCUCCCCUUCCAUUCCGCCCCUUCCUCCGCUACCGUCGCCGCUUCUCUGCCCACGUCGGACAUUUCUCGCGUGCCUGAUCUUGGCUUCGAAGUUCAUGCAAGAUCGCUCGUACUCGAAUCGCGCGUGGGCGAAACUCGCAGGACUGCCUCCUCGCGAGAUUGGACGCUGCGAACGUGCACUUGGUGACGCUCUUGGAUGGAGAUUAUGGGUCGGCAAGAGCGUCAACCGACCUGCAAAUGGAAGGAGUGUGGCUAGGAGCAGCAGCGACGGAAAUUUACUUCCUGGGCCGACUUCGGCGGCGGCUUCGGAGACGCGGUUAAACCCGUCCACGAGCACGUUCAUAGCGCCGACACCUGUUCGGACAUUGAGCAACACUACUCUGUCGGGACUGCGACGCUACGCCACUAUGCCAACCAUUCCCGUGAGGUCUUCUGCCAGCAACUACGACGCCUUCCCGGAGGUGCUUCUCGCCACUUGUGGGUUGCCAGAAGAGGCAGAUGCAAACACCUUUGCCGCGGAAAUGGAGGCUACGCAGCCCAGCGAAGAUGUCUCGCCAUCGAUGUCCACCCCCACGCUCACCUUCUCGCCGAUGUCGUCUGCAUCGUCGUCCUCCGACAGUAGUGGCGACAGAACGAUUCAGAUGACGACGUUCACCGAUCUGCCGACGGCUUCGCCUGCUACGUUCCGCUACGCGCCUUUCGUCAGCGGAUGGGACCACACUGGCGUUGCUGCUACAGACUUGAGCAUCGACACCAAAGCGUACGACGUACCCGAGUUCGCAAUGGCAGGCCCGAAAUUACCGGCGAUUGAUCCUACGGUAGCGAGUCGUGGGCCGUGCAAUCUUCCGUCGCUAUCCGACACGCUUUCCGUACCUCGACUUCGAAAGGGAGGAGAGGAGUUCAGUAUGAUUUAUGCCGCUGUUUACCUUGCAUUUCUCUGUUCGUCAGCGCAUCGGCUGUUGCGGUCGGCUGGUCUUUCGCGGAACCAGUCCGAGAUGAGCACUUCUAGGUCAGGAGAGGCACAGCUCGCACCCGCACCGUUGAAGCCAGUGAGUACACCAGGCGUGGAAGGGACACCCGCCAAGGUAAAACAUAAGCCGGGGGCGUCCUGGCAGGCCAAAGAAGAGCUUGUUUUGCCCAAGAACAGGUUGCCUAUCGUGUUUUUCGGGCUCAUGGCGUGCAUAUUCCUCGCUGCUUUGGAUCAGACAAUUGUAUCAACCGCCUUACCCACGAUAGUCGCCAAGCUCGGUGGAGGGAAGGAUUACAGUUGGGUUGGAACUGCAUACCUGCUGGCCGCUGCCGCUCUGUCUCCAAUGUACGGCAAACUAUCCGAUCUUGCUGGUCGCAAGCCGGUCCUCUACACAUCAAUUGUCUUCUUUUUGAUCGGGUCUGCAUUGUGCGGCGCGGCGCAGAACAUGACAUGGCUUGUGGUGUGUCGUGCCAUUCAAGGCAUAGGCGGCGGCGGUAUCAUUCAGCUUGUGCAAAUCACCAUCUCGGACAUCGUCUCGCUUGCUGACCGGGGCAAAUACGGUGGAUUCAUCGGUGCAACUUGGGGAAUUGCCAGACCUACUGGAGGACUCGCAUUAGCCCUUCUUUUCAUUUUCCUGAACCUCAACCCUCAUCAUGGUCGACCACUUCGGGAGCAUCUACGCGAGUUUGAUUUCGUAGGACUAAUCCUCAUCAUAGUCGGCGUGGUGUUACUUCUCCUCGGAUUCAACUUCAGCCAAAAUGGAUGGUCAACUGCUCAGACGAUCGCGCCGCUCGUGGUCGGGGUGUGCUUAUUGGUAGCUGCCUCGAUCUACGAGCUGUACACCACCCGUUCACCGAUCAUUCCACCGCGUCUUUUCAAGGUACGGACGACGGCAUUCCUCUUGAUAUCAGUGUUGCUGCACGCACUUGCGUUCUUCGCGGGCGCAUACUACUUACCUGUUUACUUCCAGGUGCUCGGCUCUUCUCCUACAGGUUCUGGCGUAAAAAUGCUCCCAUAUUCUCUCGGUGCGGCCGGUACAUCUGCGAUCUCUGGCAUAAUCAUCUCGUACACCAAGCGAUGGAGGCCUGUGAUGUGGUUCUCGUGGGUCGUAAUUGUGAUCGGAUACGGGCUGAUGAUCCAGUUGAGUGAAAGCUCGACAAAAGCAGAACAGGUGGUCUAUUUGUUAGUUGCCGCGAUUGGGAUCGGUUGUCUCUUCCAGGCGCCGUUGAUCGGUUUGCAAGCCGCCAUGCCACUCAAGGACAUGGCGACCAGUACAGCGACUUUCAUUUUUAUCAGAACGCUCGGUGGGACGAUCGGAAUAUCCAUCGGAGAAGCCAUCAUAUCGAGCGAGCUGCGCAAGAAAGUCGCCAAAAUUCCGGGGCUGAAUAUCAACACAUCACCUGCGGCCUUGGAGCAGUUUGUCCCACAAGUCAAAAACAUACCUGAUACGGCUACGCGGAUCGCGCUGCAGAAGGCGUAUUGUCAGGCUAUCAGCGUGAUAUGGCUCGUGAACACGCCGCUCUUGGGCGUUGGACUCAUACUUGUGCUCUUCGUCAAAGGAUACACUCUGGAGCGCAUCACCAUCAGGAGCGGGGAAAAGUCCGCAGAAGGACCCGUCAACUCCAGCGAGAGCGAGAAAUCGCAGACCGUUGGUUUGCCCUUCAUUCCGGCAGAGGAAUUUGGCAGGAUUGAAGCACCAGCGAGCGAAGCGCGGCCCUCGUCACCUGAGCUCGCGGUGGAGGACGAUGCUGCCGAUGCCGAGGCUGAGGGUAAGCGACGGACUCCUGUCGAGGACUUGGAGCGCGGUGUUGGGGUGGAGGACACUACGACUCCCGGUGAUGUUAGAGCGCCUUAA